GGGUGCUAGUUGGGCUCGUUACCGCUGCGCCAUGACGGGAACACCCCAGUUUGAUCUUAGGACUGACCCGGUUGGUGUUUGUUUGUUAUCAGCCCCCAGUGCUCUUCCCCACACACGCUGGAGUCUCGGUCAGCGCUGUCACCCCUCCUGCAUCCAGGGUCUUAUCCUUACAAGGCAGGGACAGGACAUGACCUGCUGGCUUCGUCCUGCCCAACAUCACGUGGAGGUGGGCGUUUACAUUCAAAAUCUCUGAGAAUCAUGACCCGGGCUGCCCAGCCACACCUGCUACAAAAGCCUCUCACUCAGGAGCCCUGCGUUCACCUGACUCUGGCGCCCGCGCACAGCCUCGGGGGUUACUGGCCCUGCCGUCCUGGUGCCGAGGGGCCCUCCUCACCACAGAGGCCACUUCUGGAGCUGGGCCACCCCUGCGAGGUGGCCGCAGCAGCCAGGAUGUCCACUCAGACCGGCCACUACCUGAAGCCCAGACCCCUGCGCCUGCCACCCGCCGUCCCAGAGUCCCCAAGCCGCCAGCGGCGCCACACACUCCCCGCCAGCGAGUUUCGCUGCCUCACCCCGGAGGAUGCUGCUGGCGUGUUUGAGCUCGAGCGAGAAGCCUUCAUCUCUGUCUCGGGCAACUGCCCCCUGAACUUGGACGAGGUCCGGCACUUCCUGACCCUGUGUCCCGAGCUGUCCAUGGGCUGGUUCUUGGAGGGGCGCCUCGUGGCCUUCAUCAUCGGCUCCCUGUGGGACAAGGAGAGAAUCACUCAGGAGUCGCUGACGCUGCACAGGCCCGGGGGCCGCACAGCCCACCUGCACCUGCUGGCCGUGCACCGCGCCUUCCGGCAGCAGGGCAAGGGCUCGGCCCUGCUCUGGCGCUACCUGCACCACCUGGGCAGCCAGCCGGCCGUGCGCCGGGCCGUGCUCAUGUGUGAGGCCAGGCUGGUGCCCUUCUACCAGAGGUUCGGCUUCCGGCCCGUGGGCCCCUGUGCCGUCUCCGUGGGCUCACUGGUCUUCACGGAGAUGCAGUGCUCCCUGCGGGACCUCGUCUCCCAGCGCAGGAACAGUGACUGCUGAACUGGCCGCCACGUGGGGGGCCCACGGCCGGUUGCCUGAGGUGUGGGGAGGCAGGCUGGGGGGUCCUACCCUGUCCCGGUGUCCCCUUCUCUGCCCUGACCUUCCCCCAACUCGCCCCGCCCGAAGGGAGACGGGGACGCCCAGGGGGUCGUGGAGAGGCUGGGGACUGAAAUAAAGAGAUGGGGGUGCCGCUGCUCCUGCCAGGCUGGCCUGCUGGGGCCCGA